AUGGCUGACUCCAUGCCCUCCAGUCCUGCCUCCCCUGUUGGCACGCUAGAGUUAGGGUUAUGUAGUACCUUCCCGCUGCCACAACCCGUCUUCCUGGAGAAAGGAAAUACCUCAGUGAGGCUCCCCUCCUUAGCACUGGCUUGUGAGGGUGCAGAAGCUCUUGCUGCUGGAGCAAAUUACAUAAAAUUAUCAGGCCGGGUUGAACAGAAGAAGGCUGCCGACAAGCUGAAGUCGCCUGAGAAGCCAAGCUCGGAAAUGCCCGACCCCCAGCGGGGCAAGGGGGACUGGGGGAAGCCCAAGGCCGCCCCCAGGAUGCAGUUCCCAGAUUCCCCUCUCUUUCGGCGAUGGGGCAAAGACCUAACGGAGGACCAGCAAAUCGCAGCACAGGAGCUCUUUACUAAGUAUGGGUACAACGUUUACCUCAGCGACCGCUUGCCUCUGGACCGGCCUUUAAAGGACACCAGGCCCCCCAGAUGUCUAAAGAAAGAAUAUUCACAUGAUCUCCCAAUGCUUAGUGUCAUUCUUAUAUUCUUUAAUGAGGCUACUUCCAUCAUCUUACGUGCAAUCACCAGCAUAAUUAACCGAACACCUUCUCACCUCCUGAAAGAAAUUAUCCUAAUCGAUGAUUUCAGUUCAAAUGAGGAACUGAAAGGUCCUUUGGAAGACUAUAUCGACAAUGUCAACGUCAAACACCCUGGACUGCUGAAAAUUGUAAGACAUCGAGAAAGAAAAGGCCUCACAGAAGCUCGGAUUUCUGGCUGGAAAGCAGCCCGUGCAGAUGUGGUGGCUAUUUUGGACGCACAUAUUGAAGUCAACUCUGAAUGGGCUGAACCAAUUCUGUCUCGAAUCAAGGAGGAUCACACCGUUAUCAUAUCUCCGGUGUUUGAUAAUAUCCAUUUUGAUGAUUUCCAACUAACUCAGUACGCAGAGGCUGCCGACGGAUUUGACUGGGCUCUUUGGUGUCUCUACGAGUCAAUACCAGAAGAUUGGUAUGCGCUGAAAGACCAAACAGCACCAAUCCGGAGUCCUUCUAUAAUGGGAAUACUUGCUGCAGACAGAGAAUUUUUGGGGAAGAUCGGUGUUCUGGAUGGUGGAAUGCACAUUUAUGGAGGAGAAAAUGUGGAAUUGGGGAUCAGGGCUUGGCAGUGUGGAGGGAGAGUUGAAGUCUUGCCAUGUUCAAGGAUUGCACACCUGGAGCGAGCACACAAGCCCUAUUUACUGGAUUUGUCCCUUGCUAUGAAGAGAAAUGCGUUACGUGUAGCAGAAGUGUGGAUGGACGAGUAUAAAUCCAUGGUCUACUACGCCUGGAAUAUACCUCUUGAGAAUUCUGGGAUAGAUUACGGAGAUGUUUCUUCUAGAAAAGAACUAAGGAAGAGGCUGAACUGCAAAAGCUUUGAUUGGUACAUCAAAAAUGUGUAUCCUAACUUGGUCCCUCAGAUUACCAUUGUAGGCUAUGGAACAAUGAAAAACACAUUAAGUGAGAACCACUGCAUAGAUCAAGGACCAGUUCCUGGGAACACUCCCAUCAUGUACAAUUGCCAUGGAUAUAGUCCGCAGCACAUGUUCUAUCAUAGCACUGGAGAGCUCUUUGUGGGAGGUUUACGAUCUCGGCGCAACACAGUUGAUAGAUGCUUGACAGACUCUGGAAAAGGACAGCUGCCAGUUAUAGAGCAAUGUGAUGAAGCCACGAGAAAAGAACAGAAUAUGCACUGGGAUUUCAUACAGGGAUCAUCUAUAAUCAACAGGAAAACCAAAAGGUGUCUUGAAAUUGUGAAAUAUCAUGGAUCUCCCUAUUAUACUCUAGUUAUGCAAAACUGCACAGGUCAAAAAUGGUUUAUUCAACAUAUUGUGAAGCAAUGGGGACAGCAGGAAAAGGGGGGUGGGUAA